AUGGAUAGCAAUGAUCUCGAAAAAGAGCGGGGUAUUACGAUCCUGUCGAAAAACACCUCUAUUGAUUACAACGGUACGCGCAUCAAUAUUGUGGAUACACCCGGGCACGCGGACUUCGGCGGUGAGGUCGAGCGUAUUCUUUCGAUGGUCGAUGCCGUAUUGCUGCUUGUCGAUGCGGUGGAUGGGCCUAUGCCGCAAACGCGUUUUGUCACUCAGAAAGCUUUUGGCUUUGGGCUCAAGCCUAUUGUUGUGGUGAACAAAAUUGACCGCCCGGGCGCAGAGCCCUAUCGCGUCAUGGACGAAGUGUUUGAUCUCUUCGAUAGCCUGGGUGGCACCGAGGAACAGUUGGAUUUCAGCGUGAUUUACGCCUCUGCCCUGCAGGGUAUAGCCGGCACAGAACUUGAUCAGAUGGCCACAGACAUGGCGCCGCUACUGGAUCUGAUUGUUUCGGAAGUGCCGCCGCCGGAUGUGGACAGCGAAGGUGGUCUGCAGAUGCAGAUUACUUCAUUGGGCUACUCCACUUACGAAGGGGUCAUGGGUGUCGGUCGUGUGACACGCGGCUCGUUGCGGCGCAAUCACCCGGUCGUCGUCGUUGACCGUGAAGGUAAGCAACGCAAAGGCAAAAUCAUGACCGUUUAUGGCUACAGUGGCCUUGAGCGGGUAGAACAGGAGACUGCAACCGCCGGAGAUAUCGUCUGUAUAACAGGCAUAGCCGGUAUUGGUAUUUCCGAUACGAUCUGUGACCCGGAUAAUGUUGAAGCGCUGCCGGCGUUGACGGUUGAUGAGCCAACAUUGUCUAUGCUGUUCUGUGUAAAUAACUCGCCUCUCGCGGGUAAAGAAGGCAAGUUCCUGACCAGCCGUCAGAUCCGUGAGCGCCUUUUCACAGAGGCGUCGCACAAUGUUGCGCUGAAUGUGGAAGAAACUGCCGAUCCGGAUCGAUUCCGAGUAUCUGGUCGCGGCGAGCUGCAUUUGUCGGUACUCAUUGAAACCAUGCGACGCGAAGGAUAUGAGCUGGCAGUUUCGCGUCCCCAGGUAAUUUUCAAAGAAGAAAAUGGGGAAAUUUUAGAACCCUACGAAACCCUCAGUCUGGAUAUUGAAGAGCAGCAUCAGGGUAAAGUGAUGGAAGCGUUAGGGGAUCGCCGUGGCGAACUGCAGGAAAUGAUGCCUGAUGGCCAGGGUCGCGUGCGGCUGCAGUUCCGCAUUCCUACUCGCGGCAUUAUGGGUUAUCGCCCUGUAUUUUUAUCGCAGACGUCGGGUACCGGAAUCAUGUCCUUUGCGUCAGCAGGCUUUGGUCCGCGCUUAAACGAUGUUGUUGGCCAGCGUAGUAACGGCGUGCUGAUUUCGAAUGCUGCUGGUAAGGCGGUAGGGUUUGCAUUGUUCAAUCUGCAGAAUCGCGGACGUAUGAUGGUGAAACCCAAUGAUGUGGUCUACGAAGGUAUGGUGGUUGGUCUGCAUAACCGGAACAAUGACCUCACUGUAAACCCGCUGAAAGAGAAAAAGCUCACCAACGUGAGAGCUUCCGGUACAGAUGAAGCCAUUGCGCUAGCUGCACCUAUUACGCUGACCCUGGAACAGGCCCUGGAAUUUAUCGACGAUGAUGAGCUUGUCGAAGUGACACCAAGCGGCAUCCGCGUACGCAAGGCGCUGUUGCAGCGAGUUUCCAGCGCCUCGGUUGAGGUUGGUGGAUCGCAGAUCGCACGUAUUCAAUCUGGUCUGCUGGUUUUCCUGGGUGUAGCCGCCGGCGAUAAUCAUGAACAGGUUGUCUGGCUGGCCGACAAAGUGGUUGGUUUACGUAUCUUUCCCGGCGCAGGUGCAGACGCAGCUAAACCGAUGAAUCGCAGUGUGGUGGACGUCAGCGGGGAAAUUCUUGUGGUUUCUCAAUUUACGCUGGCCGCAGACACCAGUCGAGGGCGACGCCCGGGGUUCUCUACAGCGGCAGCGCCUGAUGUCGCGGAGCCACUGUAUGAGGCUUUUGUUACUGAGCUGCGCAGAACGGUUGCCGUGCAAACCGGUAAGUUCGGCGCUGAUAUGCAGGUAACGCUGGUCAACGAUGGCCCCGUAACGUUUAUGUUGGAACGUUAG